AGCUGUUUAUUGGAGCCCCGAUGUGGACGCAUUUUCUCACGACGAACCAAUUAUUUUACUUUUCCGGGCAUUUUUAAGUGAUAAUGGCAACUGGUGAUAGUAAAUCAGGAGGCAUAAAGGUGAAGCAGGAGCCGGGAGUGCUGGGAAUGAGACCCGAUGGAGGAAUCCGAGCAAUCAAGACUGAGAGACUGACUUCCUUCAAAAUGCCACGUGAUCUCACUCUUGGAGGUCCUGGGCCAGGAAGAACCUCGAGAGGCGGUGCCACGAAGAAAGUCUACACACCCAAUUUGAACGCCGUGCGGAAUAAGAACACAGAUGUCAAGACUUCACGGGAUACGCAGCAGAGGAAGCUGGUUCGGACUCCGCGCAAUGAGAGAGGAGGAAAGAAUACCCGCAAUAACCUAAUCCAGACAAUGGGAGUGUUUUCAGAGGGCGCAGGGAAGUCCAUAGUUAAACGAUAUUCAGAACCUCGAUACUCUUCUGGCGACAGGGAAAGCAUUUCCAGCAGACGCUCUGGCGCCUCGAAGAGAGAUUCCAAUCGUCCGAUGAGCGAUGCUCAGGCCCUGAAGGAGAUGCUGGCAAGCAGUGAUGAAGACGAGGGCGCAAUGGAUGAUGAUGCAAUGAUGCCAGUGAUGCUUCAAGCAGCACAAACCGAUAGAAAUGUGCUAGAUGUAGCCAAAGACUUAGUUAAAGUCAAAGUAGAACCUGCAGAUGAAACCUCCUCGAAUGCACCAACAGUCUCCACAACGGUUCCGUUUGCGCCAAAAGUCAAAUCAGAUCCGGAAGGGGAAAAGAUUCCGCGAUCUCUGGAGGAAAUCUUUGGCACACAGUCUUCUCAUCUGUUCCUCCUUCAGUUGCCGGACACAUUACCAGGCCGAAUUCAAGAGAUCUCAGCGGAAGAGACGACAAAAGAUGAAGACGGACAGGGAAAUCCAAAUUCGGCCUCUCAAUUGAAUUCGCUGAAGCAGCAGGACGAAGGUGUCAUAGGGAAGUUCGUCCGUUAUAAGUCCGGGAAGACAAAAUUGAUGCUGGGAAAUAGUCAAUUUGACGUGGAUGUGGGCAUCAACACGGACUUCCUGCAGCAACUCGUGGCAAUUGAUGCCAAUCCCGAAAGACGGUCUGGCAACAUGUACAAUCUGGGAAAGAUCCAGACUAAGCUAACUGCCACUCCAGACUGGGAGCACAUGUUCAGGAAUAUGAUAUAA